AUGAGGAUUAUUGACCCUCAAACCGCCGUCCUGACCAAUGUCGAGGUCCUGGCGUACCUAACUUCCAAUCCACCCCGCCGGCCGCCAAACCCGCCACCAAACUCGCGCAAUUGGGUCCCUAGCCCCGAUCUCAGAGACCAUAAUACCGUCGUAAAGGAGAUCCACAAUUAUGCAAAUCGUCUCUCUCCCCACCUUCUUAGAUACCCCCGCUACACAGCCCGACCCUCAUCCUCGCAGUCGCAAACACAAGCCGCCAUGACCGGCACACUACCAGCCCAAACAUCAAUCACAGACCCCGAUACAGCAUCCCUUCCUCCGCCAAUUCCCUCUACAGAACCAACACCCAUGGACAUCGCCCUGCGUGAUCUAGUAACCCGCUUGCAGCCAUACGGUCUAACAAAAGCUGAGGUCGUCAUGAUCUUGAAUCUCGGUCUGGGCUUGAGUGCUACGCCUGAAGCUACCGACCAAGGUGGCGAGGUAGUCGUUAAUGGUGACGGGGCUAUGGAGGUGGAUGAACAGAAUGGGGAUGGGCAGGCUGCGGAGGGCGAAGGCGAGGAAGAAGAGAUGAGUCCUGCAGAUUACACUGCUAUGGUGUUGUUGGAUGCUGUCGUUGAGGAGAGGGAGUUGAGACUUAAUGAUGAGGAUGUAGCUGCUGUAUUAGCUAUCAUUCGGGAGACGCUUACUGCAGAUUAUGAGAAUAUCAGAGGGUGA